CCGGCUCUGCGCGUCACUGGAAGUGAGACAGCGGAAAUAGUAAAACCCGCUGAAAGCGAGCGGCGGGGCCCUGGCUCUUGUGUGAUGGGAUGGCGGACGAGGAGGAAGACCCCACAUUUGAGGAGGAAAAUGAAGAAAUUGGAGGAGGUGCAGAAAGUGGACAGGGUAAAAGAAAGAGACUUUUUUCUAAAGAAUUGCGAUGUAUGAUGUAUGGGUUUGGGGAUGACCAGAAUCCUUAUACUGAGUCGGUGGAUAUUCUUGAAGACCUUGUCAUAGAGUUCAUCACUGAAAUGACUCACAAGGCGAUGUCAAUUGGAAGACAAGGUCGGGUACAAGUUGAAGAUAUUGUCUUCUUGAUUCGAAAGGACCCCAGGAAGUUUGCUAGGGUGAAAGACUUGCUUACUAUGAAUGAAGAAUUGAAACGAGCUAGAAAAGCAUUUGAUGAAGCAAAUUAUGGAUCUUGACACCUUUUGUACAUUCUCAGGUUUUGUUACCUUCUAGAGAAAACAUAUUAAAAUGUGUAUUUUCCACAAUAAGGCCCUGAUAUUGAGCCAUGUAAAUGAAAAAUGGAGAAACACAGUUUUCAGCCUUUAUUUUCGUGUCUUUGAUUUUAGAGUGAUAUUUGAGCCUUUAAUUACCUGCUAUUAUAUUACCAUACUUGAAUUACUUACUGGGUUUUAAUGACCACGUGUAAGUUGAAGUACCUUGCAAACCAUGCCAUUCCUUCUUUUCACUGUCUAAAUGAUGAAGUAUUAUUUAUCUACUAGAUGCAUUUGGGUCAUUGUAGGCUUUAUUGUAGGUGUUUAAUAUGUGAAAUCUAAAUGGCACCUUUGACUUACGAUAGCUAAGACUUGUGUUUCAUGAAUUCUAAAACUUAGACUACAGUAGUUCAUGAGGUUAUUAAAAGGUGGUCAGCUGGUUUGUGUUUUUUUAAGGAGGAGAUGAUAUACAAAAAUAUAAAAAUACAAAAUCUUUUGUCAAGUUUUAGGAGAACUCAUUUUCUCAGGUCAGAUAAAAGCUUCUAAAAAUAAAUUCUUUGAGUAGUAGGAAUGGUAUUGCUUAAAAAAGCUGAUGGCAGGAUAAGCAUUUGGGGUAGUUUAUUAACAUAUUUGUUAGUACUUGUUCAUUGUGGAAAUGUGUGCUUGACUAAAACCAUGUGUGGCUAUAGAAACCACUUUUGUAGUUAAGAAUAUACAGGUUUGUAUGUAACUUAUUAAGUUAUUAUUUCACUUACCUUAAGGAUUAAAAUUGCAUUGAAAGGGAUCACUGAAUAUAACAUUAGUUCUUGUGAAACUGAAUGUUUUGUGUGCCACUUAUAAACUUAUCUAUAUAUCGGUACUUAGGAAAAUUUUGCUUUCUUAACCUAUUGAUACAAAGAAUUUAAAAAAUGAAUACUUGAGUUUGACUAUGUGAUUUUUCAGGCUCCCCUCUCCCCGCCAUUACUAGUCACAUAAUUCUGGCUGCUUAAUCACAUUAGAAACUUUUUUCCUAUUACUCUUGUAAUGCUCCUGAAUUGAUGAGAUUCAAGAUAGCGAGCUGAUCUUUUUGUUAUUAAAAAGUAAAAUCUCCUUGAAAAGUUA